UAAAAGCCAGGUUAUGGCUAGACGGGAUGCAGCUUUUGUCAAAUUACCAUCAUAUUUGACUUUUUGCAGCAGGUUAUGAUAAUUUACGAAGCAGGUUAAGAGAAUGAACGUAGCAGGUUAGGAUACUUGUGUUAAGGUUAUGACAAGAGUUAUGGUUAGUGUUAGUAAAAUGCUAAAUAAAUCAACUUUUGGUGUUAAUUUGACCAAAGCUGGAUACCUUCUAGUCUUGACCGGGUAACCACGGCAGAAAAAGAACGGAGUGACUCGAUGUUGUAUUAGAAUAAGACGAUAACAUGGAGUCCAUUGAUUUGGAGAGGGAGGACCCUUCUAGCUCACUAUCUGGAUAUGCCAAUGGAGAGAUAAUGACCCUGGAGAUCUCAGACGUCUCUCCAGACUUGCUUGUUCUCGAGGUAAAAGACAACCUACCUGAAAGUAACCAUGGCAGCCUAGACAUGGAGAUGGAUGCUGACUUUCAUAAUGAUGAUGGGCAUGGUUUUGCGAAUGUGGAACUCCAGUUCUUUCCAUGUGAUGCCUGCGAAGCCUCUUUCACUAGUGAACCAGAGCUGGAGCAGCACUUCAUAAGCUCUCAUUCAAUAUGUGAUGUAGCAAGUGAGAGAGGAAGACCGAAAGCCAAGUCAAUGGAAACAGAAGGUGUCUCACCCCUGCACACCUGCAUGACUUGUGGGAAGGUGUUCAAAUACCUAACUUCAUUUCGAAAACAUGAGGACACUCAUAUCAAAGCCCUGUACACCUGCAAGACUUGUGGGAAGGAGUUUAAAUACCUAACUUCAUUCACAAAGCACCAGGCCACUCACAUUGUACCAAGACUGAGAGGAAAUGGAAAGUCAAUCAUAGCAGUAGGCUUAAAUGUCAAUCAGAAAGUGAAAGGCCUUCACACCUGCAGGCACUGUGGUAAGGCGUUCAAAUACCUAACUUCUUUCAUAAAGCAUGAGAAGACUCACAGGAUAACCAAAAAAAGCAGAAAAAAACAGAGGAACCCUUCAAGUUCUGAGAUUAUUGUACGUCUUGAAGGCAAUAGGAAAGAUGACACAGAAACUUGUGUAAGGGCCACCAAGAAAAAAAGGAAGAACAUCAAUGAUACUGAGGAUCAGGAUGCAUGUAUUCUAAUAUCUUCUGAUGAUGAACUAGCCAACACUGCAGAGCAGAAAACACCUGACUCUAACCGUUCUCCUCCUUUUCCUUCUGACUCUAACCGUUCUCCUCCUUUUCCUUCUGACUCUAACCGUUCUCCUUUUCCUUCUGACUCUAACCGUUCUCCUCCUUUUCCUUCUGACUCUAACCGUUCUCCUCCUUUUCCUUCUGACUCUAACCGUUCUCCUCCUUUUCCUUCUGACUCUAACCGUUCUCCUCCUUUUCCUUCUGACUCUAACCGUUCUCCUCCUUUUCCUUCUGACUCUAACCGUUCUCCUCCUUUUCCUUCUGACUCUAACUGUUCUCCUCCUUUUCCUUCUGACUCUAACCGUUCUCCUCCUUUUCCUUCUGACUCUAACCGUUCUCCUCCUUUUCCGGCUGACUCUAACCGUUCUCCUCCGUUUCCUUGUCUGGACUGUGGGAAGGUUUUUAAGUUUUUCAAAUCUUACCAAAAACACCAGAAAAGACAUGCUUGGGCACAGGGCAGAAGUGAAAUAGUGCCUCCUAAACAGGAGCACGGACCAGAAGUGAAACAACAGAUUAGAUGUCCAGUUUGUGGUAGAGCAUUCAACAAGCUUAAAGCUUGCACCAAACACGAGAAAAUGUAUCAUCGGGAAAAUAACUUGCGUAAAAACAAAUUUUCUUUAACGUGCUGUGAAUGUGACCGUCAUUUUGAAAAGGCAGAUAUUUUCCAAAAGCAUAAGUGCUUCCACCUGCGUAAGCAUGUAAAGGCUUUCAUAGAGGCAAGUAGGGUGAGCCAACAGGGGGAUAUUUUCUAUUGUCAACUCUGUGUCCUAAAGCUCACCAGUGGACUGGAGUUUGAGAAUCAUGCCAGGGAAAUGCACCCAGACCAAUACCGCAAAACCUUAAAAGCAGUAGGCAAUGUCAGGACAUGUAUCAUUAAAGACACCUUGAAAGGCUUGCCGACACAAAGGGAUCUGGAGGCAACUGAAAUAGACUUAAACACUGUAGGAGAGACAGAGGAAGAUGUAUCGAGACAAUUUAUUUGCAAAGAUUGUGGGGACUGUUUCAUAUAUCAUGUUUCGUUUAAUUUUUGUGGGAAAUGUUUAAAGGAUCGCAAAGACUCUAGGAGAAUUCGGGAGAGCAACGUAAAAGCCUCCAAGCUGCACCACUGUGAAAAAUGUGGACUUGACUUUGGCCGAAAAGAUCACCUAAAGCGCCACAGCUGUUCUCAUUCUGGCAGUUCCUUUAUCUGUUUUGAUUGUGGCGUUGGAUUCAGGGAUCCAGGAGAGUUGCGGACGCAUGAAAAGACUCAUCAGGUGAGAAACCACAUCUUCCAACUGCGUGAGAAGCGAUGUGAACAUCAAAAGGAACUGAUGUUGCAUCAUGAAGUUGAUCAUCCAGGACCAGACGGUUAUACAUGCCACCAGUGUGGCAAGAAAUGUAGUACUGGGGAAAAGCUGGGGAAACACAGAAUGAUCCAUUCGGCCAAAACUCCCCAUGUUUGUUCAUAUUGCGGUACAAAGUUCAAGAGGCGAGAGCAUUUGAGACGGCAUGAGAACCUGCACACCAAUGAGAAACCUCACCUUAGUCAUUGUUAUGGAGAUACAUUUGGGCGGCAGGAGGACUUAAAGACCCACCUCGGUAAAAUGCACACAAUGUUGAGAAGUUUUCUUUGUAAGACUUGUGGGACAACGUUCAAGGACCGUAACUCUCUCCGGAGACAUAGAUAUCACACUCACACAAAGGCAGGUAAGGUGUUCCAAUGUGAAGAGUGUGGCCUAAGCUUCAGCCGGGCGGAUCAUCUGAAGCACCACAAGUACACACAUUCUACUGAAAGGCCCUUCUCAUGCUCAAUGUGUUACAAAGUAUUCCACAUUGCAGAAAACCUCAAGAAGCAUGAGCGAAAUCAUAGAAACAAGUGGUUGGAGUACCUCAACACCCACCGCCACAAUAACACACCCAAGCAGGAGAGCCAUGUUUCUGAGCACUCCAAGUGGAAACUGGGCUGGUCUGAAGCAUCUGCCCUACUAAAGCUCAUUCAGAGCCACUCCAAGCAGCAACAUCAUACCUGCUAUGUUUGUAAAACUACUUUCAGAGGGCUUUACUAUCUGAAAAGACACCGUCUACUAAACUGUCUUGGACAAAGGAGUAAAAUUAUGAAUUCAUUCUGAUAUGGAACUGUUCAAUAACUCACUUUGGUGUUGAUAAUAUGAGAGAUUUAGAAGAUUAAUUUAAUUUUGUAGAACUUGUUGUGUAUUUGUAUAUAGUGAGCUGUGGUUUGGUAUCUUGUUAUUUAAAUGUUAUUGUAGACCCUCAUAGCCAUCAUACCAGAGCCAGUGUUGCCAAUAUUAGACUGCUGUGCUAUAGUAGGAUUACAUUAGGCACAGACGUCAGUUCAACAUCUAUUUUACAUUUUUGUAAACUAACGUGAAUUCAAAAUGAAAUCAGCAAAACAUUUCACCAUGACAUUGGAUUUAGGUACCAAGUUGGGUGAAAAAAAAUCCUGUACGUUGAUGACUUUUUGCAAAUACGAUCAUUUUCCCACGUAGAUUCAAAGUCAUCACAUUGUUUCCACGUCAUUUCAACAAAAACAUCUAUGUUGAUUAAACCAGUUUUUGCCCUGUGGGAUUUCUGGGGAAAGAAUCAUUUCCUUAAAACUGGUGCAGAAGAAUGGAAUGGUGUACCAAACCUUAUAAAAUCCAUCCCUACACUAGGGAGUUUUAAGAAACCUUAAGAGGAAAUAAAUGGUUUAUGGUAAAAUGCUGUAAAACUACACAAGCUAAAAGAAAGUAUAAUUGUAUCAAUGAACAUUACUUGGUCAUCUAUUUUAUUCCUUUUACUGUUUCCUCCCUAUUGAUGAGAUAUAUUUGAGAUGUUAUAAUUAAGCAAUAAAGCCUGACGAGGUGUUAUAUAUUGCCAAACUACCACAGCAAAAGGCUGUUCUUAGGUGCAACGCGGCAUGCUUUGAUACAGCCCUUAGCCCAUAUAAAGCAAACUCCUGAUGUGCCUUAAUUAUAUUAUAAACUGGUUACCAAUGUAAUUAGAACAGUAAACAAGUAAUUAUGCAUCAUACCUGUGGUAUAUUUAAGCAAUACGGCCCCGGGGGGGUGUGGUAUAUGACCAACAUACCACGGCCAAGGGCUGUUCUUAUGCACGACGCAACGCGGAGUUCCUGGAUACAGUCCGUAGCUGUUGUAUAUUGGCAAUAUGCCACAAACCCCUGCGGUUACAAACGUAAUUACAAUAGUAAGGAAGUAAUUAUGGGUCAUAUCCGUGGUAUAUUUAAGCAAUAAGGCACCUCUGGGGUUUGUGGCAUAUGGCCAAAAUACCAGAGCUACGGGUUGUAUCCAGGCAUGCCACGUUGUGCCUAAGAAAAGCCCUUAGUUGUAGUAUAUUGGCCAUAUACCACCCCCCUCUGGCCUUAUUGCUUAAAUAUACCACGGCUUUCAACCAGUCAACAUCCAGAACAAAAACUACCCGGUUUAUAAUCUUGUGUAUAUUUUGUUUUUGUGUAUUUUCAAGGGGACCACAAUGGAAAUACGUUUUAAAUUGUGUGGUUGUAUUGUGUUUAAAAUGGUCCAAUUCUAUCAUGCAUUUCAACAAUGACAAUUAUAAAAUCAAACAAUUCAUUUUGUUAUCUUGUUUCCUGUAUCAAAUACCCACUGAAGAAUGUCUAUAGGACCAGGCAUACAUAUCAAAAUAUCCUUCAACAUUUUGUUAUUGAAGCAGUUAGGAAGCUUGCAUGCAUACUUUAUAGUAUAUUCUUACUCUUACCUCUUUUGUAACAUUUUGGAAAUGAACAAUGAAACAGAUGUUGAUGAUCAAUAAAACAAAGAGAUGGUGUAAUAAAAAAAACACUAUCCUUUUUGUUCCAAAGUA